AUGCGCGUCAAAUCUCAUGACAACUGUCGGUCGGCUGUCAGCAUACAGCGGUCAAUGGCGGCCAUGGGAUUUGGUGAAAGUUGCGCAAAUUCGUUUGGUUCUCGGUGUGACUAUUUUACUAGACUUCCUUGUGAGCUUGACAACGUUACUGGUUUGAAGUUGCAAGGGUUGCUGCUUUGUUUCUGUUGCUUAACUGUUUGUGGGUGUCGCUACUUCCAUUUUGCAAGCAAUUUGCUUCUGUGUGCUUCCAGGAUUCUGGAUUUGUUUAUGUUCUUUAAUUGUUUGUGGGCGUGGCUACUUCCACUUUGGAAGUCAUUUUCGAGGCUGCUUUGUGAGUUUCACGACGUGAAUGCUUUGAAUUUGCAAGGGUUGUUAAUUUGUCUACGUUAUUUAACUGUUUGUGGUCGUGACUACUUCCAAUUUGCUAGGCAAUUUCGCAUUGCUUUGGAUAUAGUUGUUGACUUAGGUUGUGUUGUCGCUCUGAGUGAAUGGUUUCAAUUUGCAAGGAAAGAUGGCAGUCAAACACAAAAACGUGUCGUGAAAAUUAAUGAUCUAUCUGGUUCAACGAUUGACAUUAACUUAUGGGGUCCAAUGGCAGAACAAAAGGGCCUAGAAUUGAAAAAUAUGUUGGCCAAUGAUAGUGUGGUUAUCCUUGCUUUGUGUAAUGCUCGUGUUGGUUAUUUCAAUGGGAAGCUUAUAAACAUAACAGUUGCAACAACAUUACAUAUCAACCCAACUUUUCUAGAAGCAGAGCUUCUAACAUUAAGAGGAAAGGACCCUUUGCUUGUCAUACCCUUUGUUGCAAAAACUAUCCACAUAGAUGGCAAAUAUACAAGAAUGACAAUUUCUUCAAUCCGUGAGCAAAUGAGCAUCAAACCAGAAAAAAUUCAGAUAACUUUGCUAGCUGUUAUGCGCUUUGUGAACGUAAAUGACCAAAAUUUCUAUUACGCAGCAUGUCCACUAAUAGUCAAUGGAAGGCCUUGCAAGAAAAAAUGUACACAACGAGUUGAUGAUUCUUGGUUCUGGUCUAGAUGUCAAAUCACUAUACAAGACUGUAAUUAUAGUUACCUCUUGCCACUAAAGUUACAAGAUGCCACUGGUACUCUAUGGGCCAUUGCAUUUGAUGAGGGUAGCAUUCACUUGCUACACAAAACUACAAAACAACUUUAUGCACUACAAAAUGAUGCAACAACAACAGAGACAACUUCCUCAAUGAUUAAGAGACUACUGUCACGUUACUAUUCAUUCACACUGUUGGUUUCUACUGAGACAUAUAAUUUAGAAUAA